AUGAAGUUAUACUAUGUCCUCUUCACCAUACACUCAUGCCUUGCCAUGAAGGCUUUUGCCAUGUUACCCAAGGAUGCAUUGAAACCCAAGUCACCCAUUCCCAUCAAUCAUGACCCUAGAAUUCAGGAUACCAAUUUUCCCUCCCAUAGUCUAUCAUCUUCUAUUGAUCCAUCCAUGACUGGGCAUCAUCAAAUGCAAAGUACCACUGAUCCUAGAAUAUUUGAAAUCAAUAUCAUUCCUGUACAUUCAACAAACGACCCAUUACAACCAACCGUGAAUGGAAAACCUGUGAAGUUAUAUGGUGUUUUACCGCACGCAAUGCAUGGAAAUCAAAGUCCCUCGGAGCAUGGACCAAUGGAACCUAGCUUUGGAGCUCAUGGUCACAUCCCACAAGGAUUCCAAAAUCGACACUUUGGAACGUUUGCCAGUCCUGGUCAGCAUCCUGAUCAUGAUCCUUCUGGAACAAGCUCUCCGGACUUUGUAAAACAAUACCUAGAUUCAUUGGUACAAUCGGGACAGCUUCAAAGAUAUCAACCUAUACCAGGGGACACUCUGCACUCCGGCUAUCCUAAUGGUGUAACACAACCAAUCGGUGGAAUCGAAAGUCGUGAUGUUCAAGUUUAUUUAAGACAUACACACGGACAUCAGGCCCAGUAUGACCCGAGAGGUCAGGGAGAUCAUAAUGAAGAUACAUACGAUGUUUUUGACCCUACUGAACCAGUUCGUAGAAGAUAUCUCGGUCGAUUAGAAAAAUCUCGCGGACCAAGAGAUGGUGAUCCAAUGAAUAUCAAUUUAGACGUGUUAGGUUUGAUCAAUCCUAAGUUACGGUCAGAGAAUUUCGCUCAACAAAGUGAAAGCAGCGAGAAAUCAUAUCAUGAAGACUCAAAUGAAACGAAGCUCGAGGCACAAGGUAAAAAUCUGAAGAUACCCGAUGAAGAUGGAACCACAAAAAACGCCAGAAAGAUCAGAAAGAAAAAGUCUAAAGCCCAAAAAUUACGACUAGGCGAAUGGAUGAGCCGACAAGAUCAGAUUGUCCAUGAUUCAAAAGGAAAGGGAGAUUCCCAAAAGAAAACAAACCUGUCGACAAAUUACUCUCUCUUGCCAGCAAGAGAUGCAAUCGCCGCAAUGUUGGAGACAACGCUCAAAGAAAAUGAUCAGACAGAGAACUUGCGUAUUCAUCUAAGCCAAACAGAUUUCGAUCAUAUCAGGAAUACUGGACUGAUCAAAAGUUGGUCAGACUGGGGUCCUUUCAUGCAGAAAUUUCUUGAAAACUUCACUGGAGCUGAGGGAUUAAGGAGGGUCAGCGCUGUGAUGACCCAAUUCGAUCAAUUCAUGAUCAGUAAGAUGACUGCUGAGAACUAUGACAGAUUCACUCCCAAUGUUUUAGAACUUUCGGAGAACCUCAGAUUGAAGGAACAUUGGCCAAUUUUUUAUGAUGUAAAGUUCGCAGAUUGGGAUAGUUAUGUUUCCGACCUCGAACAACUGACUAGGUAUAAUCAUGAUGAUUCCAAUUUACUCGAAAGUAUUAUUUCACCAGAAGUUUGUCGCUCAAGACUCAAAACAAUGAAAGUCAUGUCAGAUGCAAACUUGGAAAAUUAUACUAAACUUUUUGAAAAGAAAGAAUUGGAAGAGUUCGCAAGAUCAGGUCUGAGUGUACCUGUGAUUCAAAGAAUUGACACAAUCUUUCAAUUAUCACGCCCAGAAAUGAUCAAAGACACCAGUACUUAUAUCCUACGCCAUGUCCAAAAGUUACAUGACUUUUAUGAGAUCUUAAGAGGUAGAUUUGUAGAACUGCCUACUUUCUUACAUGACACGACAAGUUGGUUUGACUCACCUGAAGCCAAUUUGUUUAUCAGCUUACCUAACAUUAAAGAUAGAUUUUUAAGCCGAUUGAGAAAUUUCCUUGAAGAAAUUCGUAGAUACCCAGUAGCAUAUAAAAUUUGGGAAGAAGGAGAUCAAAGCCCUGUGUUUAAACUCAAACCAUCACCUCAAGAUUGGGAAUAUCAAAAGAUUGAUGGCGCAGAAGCUGUGACCUGCGCUUUGUUUGGAUUACCAUUGAAGCAUUUUGCAAUUAUGAAAAAUGAAAUGUUACACAGAAGGAAACCCAAUGAUCACAAUCUCAUUCCAAACACACUACAAUGGCCAAAAGAAAUUUCAGAAGAAAUCAAACCACAUCUCGAAUCUUUUAAACGAGUUUACGAUUUUCUUGGUGUUGCCGUCUUGGGUCUAAAUGCUGAAUUUAAUUCUAUUCCAAAUGUCAAAAGCCGAAUCAUUCCAUAA